CCCCCCGCCUGCUUCACUCCCACCCCGGUCCGAAAUUGGAGUUUUGUUGAUUGCGUAGUCUUCUUCAUCCCUCCAGUUUCUGUUUGUGUUACGGUUUUCUUAAUAUCACAAUGAUUAUAUCUCGUUUUAUUUCGUGUUAGAAAGCACUUACUUAAGUUAUUCUUUUUCUACCUAUGAGAAGAAAUGCCUAGCAAGCGGAGGAAAUACAACGCUCGCUUUCCAGCGGGGCGCAUCAAGAAAAUUAUGCAGACUGAUGAACAAGUUGGGAAGGUUGCGCAAGCUGUUCCCAUCAUGAUUUCUAGAACUUUGGAGCUCUUUGUCCAAUCACUGAUGACAAGUGCUCUUGCAGUGACUAAUGCAAAAAAUGCAAGAACCCUUAGUCCUUCUCACAUGAAACAGUGCAUAGUUUCAGAUCAACGCUUUCAUUUUCUUAAGGAUCUUGUGCGAAGUUUACCAGAUGUGAACUCAUAUGAUGAAGACGGAGCUUCAUCAGCUUCAACCACAGCUACUGUGCCUGAAGAGGUGUUAAGCUCGUUCACCGGUCGAAGAUUCAGAACAAAUCCAGAGAAGCAAGAAAUGCCACAGAGAGAUAAUGAGGACAAGCGGUCUGAAGAUUCUGAAUCAACUGACUCAGAAAAAGAUGCUAAUAAUAUUCACGUAGAAGAAAACACGUCUGACUUCGUGAUAGAUGAAGACUAUGGGUCCUAAAUGUUCCUUUUUUUAUUUAUCUUAUUUCCCACUCCUAUUCCACCUUCAAUACUUUGCUCUUUUCUUUCUCUUUGUGAAGUUUUGUGAUAUUUUUCCAAUAUAUACUUUAAGUAUAUGAAUAUGAGUUAAGUCAGAGGGCCACACUUGGAGGUUGGAUGUGCUGAUGUUGAGGAGGAUGUGCCAACUCUCUAGAUUAUCCACCUGGUCCUCAUGUCUAGGUGCAAGAUUAUCUGGUGCCCUUUAUUCUCAACAACCUGUAAUUGUUCCAAUGUUCUAUUUAUUUGUAUGAUAUCAUGGUUCCCAGUAAAAUAUGAUAUUCUUUAAAUUCCACUGAUUGUGGAUUUUAUUCUGUGUGUAAUUGAAUCCCCUAAUGUGAUAAUGGUCAACUUUGUUUUUAGUUUAGCAUAAGACCUGUCAUGAAGUUAUUGUCAGUCCAAAUUUAAGUUGAUGUGUGCUUUAAGGAUGUAUUACCCAAGAGGUAUCCUAGGAGUGAAACUAUUUUAAGUUGUUUUAAUUAAGUAUAGUCCCCAAGUCACAAUUUCAUGUAUUUGAAAGGAAGUCAAUUCACAAAAUCAAAGUGCUAAUACAUUUUUUGCUUUUAGAAUUUUGUGAAAACAGUUUGAUGCAUCAGGAAUCUAUGAUCUAUGAUAUGACUAACAAACAUUUUGUUUGCAUUUUAUAAAUAAAUGAAAUGGACAUUUGUGUAUUCAAAUGCAAUUAACAAUGUUGAAAAAAAAUUGUCAAAGAAUUUAUCCAGCCAAUCAGCUAUGUUUUGCAUUUGGUUUGUUUUCUACUCUGAAAUCUGAAUGAUUGAUGCUGCUUGGACCCUCCUAAUGACUUUCUUAUUUAAUGCCUGUGACUGAUUUUCCCUAAUGUAGCUAUGUGUGCAGUUAAGUUUGCUGUUUAUCUGAUGUUUGAAUACAUGCAUCUUUGGGUGUAACUUUUGGUACUUCUGGAGAUCUGUGUAAUGUAUUCACCUAUAGCUAUUAGAAUGACCAUAACUGUGUUGGUACAAAUUUAUUUAAGAAGCUAGUGUUUUUACAGAUAUUUCAUGUUUUUGCCUGCAGUAGGUUUGGAUAAAAUUUGUUUAAAUAGACUUUUUUUAAAUAUUUA